AUUUGAAGUAAGGCCCGCCUCGAAGCUCUCACCUCACUUCCAUGGCAGACGAAGAAUCGCGGAGAGUGAUCCCGUUCCAGCUUCAAUUUGAUAAGCCCACUGCUUCUCAGAUUAAGAUUGCUGAAUGGAAUCCAGAGAAGGAUUUGCUGGCCAUGGUCACCGAGGAUUCAAAGCUGCUUCUUCAUCGCUUCAAUUGGCAAAGGCUUUGGACUACCACCCCUGGAAAAUGCAUAACGUCCAUAUGUUGGCGCCCGGAUGGUAAGGCGAUUGCAGUGGGGCAUGAGGACGGAACCAUUGCAUUGCAUGAUGUGGAAAAUGGAAAGCUGCUGAGAAGUAUGAAGCUUCAUAGUGCUUCUGUCGUAUGUUUGACCUGGGAGGAAGAUAGAAGAAAGAUAAUGGAUGAAAACAGUAACAAUUUAAGAUACGAAGAUCGAACUGCUCGCUUUUUUCCGCCCGCUCCAAGAGUUCCUCGCGCACCUGGACUUGUCCCAGGAGAUAAUAGUGGUUUCACUGACGAAAGUGAUAAUUCGUUCCGGGAAUUGUUCGAUUCUUCGUAUAAACAGUUGGACAUUUUAUGCAGUGGGGAUAAAGAAGGAAAUAUUUGCUUUAAUAUUUUUGGUAUUUUCCCCAUAGGAAGAGUUAACAUACACAAUCUUGCAAUUCACAGUUCACAAUUGAAGAGCCAUGUUUCCUACCAAGUCAGAGAUGCUUCUAUUUGCAAGGUGGCAUUAUCAAGUGAUCUUUGUAAUAUUAUUGUUCUGUCCUAUGGUGGACUAGUUGAAAUGGGAUCAGAGGAAAGUGAUGAAAAACUGCUUGGAAGUGAUUUACAUGGUUUCCAUUGUUUCGUCCUCGAGAGUGAAAUUUUUUCAAAAAGGAAAAAUGAGCUACAUCAGGUUGCUCAGCAAGCUUCGAAUGUCGAGCAUCUGAUUGAAGUCAUCCGUAGGUCAUUUCAAGUCAUGUCUAAGCAAUGGGCAGAUGCGAUGCAUGUAUACCUUGAAAAAUUCAAUGCUCUAGUCUCCCUGCUUAUUGACCACGGUGUGGACUCCACUCCUCAAGAAGAAUUUUUAAGCUUGUUGGGUGGCGCAAGAACAAGUCCACCAAUUCAUCAAUUUUUAGUUAAUACUCUCGGUGAAGCAGGUAUCAAACGGAUGGCCAAGGCUGUUUGCGGGGCUGGGAAAGAACUUCAGGCAAUCGUUAUUGAUCAUCUACAGCCUGCUGCAGAAAUGAUUGGGUUUCGAAUGGGAGAACUGAGAGGGCUUUCAAAAUGGCGUGCACGUUACCAAGGUGUUGGUUUGGAUGAGAAACUAAUUGAUAAUGCAAUGGAGAAGGCUGGAAUGUUACUUGUACAGAUUGAGCGCUUUAGUAGGAUUCUGUCUUCAGCGAUGCAACAGUACUCCAAUUUUUUCAACUGGCUUCUGAAAUGUGUGAAAGUUCUAAUGUCUGAACCAAGUGAUCAGCUCCUUCCCUUCAGUAGUGAACUUGUCAUCUUAUUCCUGAAGUUUUUAUACGCUCAGGAUCCAGUUGGGACAUUGCUGCACCGCACUGAGACUAAUGACUUUAUUGAAGUAGAUUUGGAAACAAAGCAACGUGUCAAGGAACUGGUUCAUUUUGGAGGUUUUGCUGAUUACAAGCACUUGGAAAGAACCUUAUCUAAAGAAUUUCGACAACUGGAAUUUUGUUUCAAGAAGGCUUUGGGGAUGCCACUAACCACAGUUUCUCAAAGGAUACUAUGUAAAGAUGUGUUGCCGCUUUUCCCUGUUUCGCCAUCACAGAAAUCUAAGUUUUCUUAUUUUCCAACUUCAGUGUCGUACUAUCAGGAUACUUCUCAUGACGCUGCAUAUCACGGAACUGCCCGCCAGAAAAUUGCUGGUUACACUUGUUUCCUGAUACCCGAUGAGACUUUACCGAACAUCACAAAUUGCUUUGGCAUAGCUAGGGGCCUUAUUAAUGAGGUGGAAAACUCAGUCGAGGCUGCAUUGAUACGUAUCCCUGAUGGUUAUCACUUAGUAGAUCUGUCUCUGUAUAAAGAAAAACAAAUGGUGUUGCUUUUAAAUGAAGCUACUGCAGCUUCCGAGGGCUCAGGGAAUGCUUGUAUGAUGAUUGUACAAGCAGACGACCUUCCAUAUGCGUCUAUCUCGAGGUGCUCUGAUUCCAACUCUUGGAAUCUUGCCGAACUUCAGGACUCAAUUAUAAACCUCCAUUUGGAGAAUGAAAAGAUUCGGGAGAUUUCUCACUCUGUGGUUGCUCCUUUGGCAGUCAGCGCGUCGAGAGGUGUGGCUUGUGUUUUUGCUGUUAGAAAACGCGCGUUGGUGUAUAUCCUAGAGGAGGAUGAAGAUGAGAUGACGGAUUCAGAAUAGAUUACACGACUCGUUUCUGCUCGAAAUGGAUCACCUACCGUCAAG